AUGUCCAAUCCGUUGAUCAAGGCUGUUGUGACUACUCUUAUUCAAGUGGUGCUAAUCUUCGAUCAUCACAACGUUCAAGCAGAAUUUAGUGACACUUGCGACAACUCCGCCAGUUCACUCUCAUGCAUUCAUACAUAUGAGCAGCUUUAUCACAGUUUAACAAAGUCAGAUAACAGUUUUAACAUUGAGUCUGCCUUAUUUCCAGCCAAGAGACCCUCUUCUGUUCGUGUGUUUGUGAAUUUACAUGGUCCCAACAAAACAGGUUCACCCAUUGCAAGGUACACUUGGAGCGUAUCUUGUCUGUAUGUUGCUAUUCCUGAUGUCUUCCUGAAAAUUGUGUCACUCGGAUCAAUCCUUGUCAGACAUCGGACAAAAGAAUUGAACUUAACAAUUCCACAUUUCUGUUGCAAUGUGUCGAAAACAGAGGAUGAAAGAAAGAAGACGAUAAACGAUAUGAUUGAAAAUGUCCUCGCUGCGGUAUGAACAAUGAUUUUUUUCUUUUUUUUUUUAUCUCUAAGAAACCCCGACUCAAAACUGCUUAACCCAAGCCGAAAUGAGUAUUCGUAAUCCUCUGAGAGUAAGCAUUCAUCACAAGCAAUGCUCUCUGCGACAAAAGCAAUCGCCUCCGUUAUACUAAAUAAUUUAAUAUCGUUAAUGAAACUCUUAGAAGGGUUAUGAAUACCUAUCGCAACCGUUUAAACUGAUCGCCAAGAGUUUGGAAAUAGAGAAGUGAAACUUUGUACCUUGUAGGUUGCAGACAAGCGGCUAGGUUGCUAUGGUUACUGAUGCUGCCAUAUUAGAUGAAUUAUUUUCUGAAUCUUUGUUGGUGCUCAUUUCAGCUUCAAGAUCUGGCCUCUUCACCAGGAAUAAGGAAUCCAGAACUAAACAAUGCAGAGUGUGUUAUCGAGGGCCAUGGUACAGAUAUGCAAGCUACAGGAAGAAGUCUCGAAAUCAGAAUAAUGAUAUGGGGUUCUUUCUGCUCCACCUGUGCAGCUUUCGAUCCACUCUAUGGGAUGAUAGUGGGAUAUGUGGUGCUUUUGAAGGUAACAAAUAGCCCUGAAUAUAAGGCUAUGCUAUGUUUAAGUGUUUUGGUGGGAGUACCUGGUUCAUUUAUCUGGUUGAUACUUUUAUCUGUUGUAAUUUAUUUCUCUGUGAGAGACGGACCACUUUUCUACCUGGAUAUCUUACUUGUUUUGAUUCCCGUUUUGUAUUUUAUUACUCCCCUCUCAAAAAGAGUGAGGGACAUCUGGAAUAAUUUUAGGAGCUCUGAUCCAGGUCAGAUGAACAGCGGCUUUAUGUGGUUUCAGAAACUACUUGCCCCUUUAAGUGUUAUUUAUACCUGUUUCUUCUCCUGUUGGAUGCUCAUCGGCAUAAUGCUUAACCCAAUUUGGGGUUUGACAAUUGCACUAGCAUUAUGUCUUGUUAUUUCUUCUUUCAAUUAUAUAGUCGGCGGCUACGUAGGCACUAGAAAAACCCAAUUUGAUGAAAGCAUACAUCCAUCUUUACGUAGAAAUUGGGUACUUAGUUUUCUGGCUCUCAUAUUUUCAACAAUUGUUGUGAUUUUUGCCGGACAAUCGUUUAAUGGCAGAGAAACCGCAGAUGGAAUAUUCAAAGCCGUACUGUUUACCGCUCUUUUUUUUUUUACCUCGUGGUUGUCAUGGAAGAGGCUUUUCAGCCAAAAAUCAGAGAGGAGGGAAGCCCCAACGACAAAUCUACCUGACCCUCUUACACAUCUUUGUCAAAUACUAAGUCAACAUGCUGAACCGGGGCUUAAUUUCAGAGGAACAUCUCCCCACAACUCAUUUCCAGAAAGCAUGGAGGAACCCCAGCCUUCAUUCGGUGAUUUCGAUAAGUCAUCCAGUGACCAUUCCAUUGAUUCCUGGGUGUAA